CCCAAGCAUUUCCAAGAAAGAUUUCUCCACCUGUACAUGUGUUGCUGGUGAGACUUCUUACUGGAUGGCUGGAAGGCUGACAUCCUGUGAACAUGAAGCCACUCAUCACUCUUCCCAGAUGUCUUUUGGGGAGUUUUUCAUCAGUAUGUCUGAAACCAUAAAAUAUAAUGACGAUGAUCAUAAAACGCUGUUUCUGAAAACGCUCAAUGAGCAGCGCCUGGAGGGAGAAUUCUGUGACAUCGCCAUCGUGGUUGAAGAUGUGAAGUUCAGAGCCCACCGGUGCGUCCUUGCUGCCUGCAGCACGUACUUUAAGAAGCUUUUCAAGAAGCUGGAAGUGGACAGCUCCUCCGUCAUAGAGAUAGAUUUCCUGCGCUCGGACAUCUUUGAGGAGGUCCUGAACUACAUGUACACGGCCAAGAUCUCCGUGAAAAAGGAGGAUGUUAACCUGAUGAUGUCAUCAGGUCAGAUUCUCGGCAUCCGGUUUUUGGAUAAACUCUGUUCUCAGAAGCGUGACGUGUCCAGCCCGGAUGAGAGUAACGGCCAAUCCAAGAGUAAGUACUGCCUCAAAUUAAACCGCCCCAUCGGAGAUGCCGCCGACACUCAGGACGACGACGUGGAAGAAAUCGGGGAUCAGGACGACAGCCCCUCGGACGACACGGUAGAAGGCACCCCCCCGAGUCAGGAGGACGGCAAGUCUCCCACGACCACCCUCCGGGUUCAGGAAGCAAUUCUGAAAGAGCUGGGGAGCGAGGAAGUUCGAAAAGUGAACUGCUACGGCCAGGAAGUGGAAUCCAUGGAGACCCCCGAGUCCAAAGAUUUGGGGUCGCAGACCCCUCAAGCCUUGACGUUUAACGAUGGGAUGAGCGAAGUGAAAGACGAGCAGACUCCGGGCUGGACCACGGCCGCCAGCGACAUGAAGUUCGAGUAUCUGCUCUACGGUCACCACCGGGAGCAGAUCGCCUGCCAGGCGUGCGGUAAGACCUUUUCCGAUGAGGGCAGAUUGAGGAAGCACGAAAAGCUUCACACGGCAGACAGGCCGUUCGUCUGUGAGAUGUGCACGAAAGGCUUCACCACGCAGGCCCACCUGAAGGAACACCUGAAAAUCCACACGGGGUAUAAGCCCUACAGCUGUGAGGUGUGUGGGAAGUCCUUCAUCCGGGCCCCAGACCUGAAGAAGCACGAGAGGGUCCACAGCAACGAGAGACCGUUUGCGUGCCACAUGUGUGACAAGGCCUUCAAACACAAGUCUCACCUCAAGGACCACGAGAGGAGGCACAGAGGGGAGAAGCCGUUUGUGUGCGGCUCCUGUACCAAGGCGUUUGCCAAGGCCUCGGAUCUGAAGAGGCACGAGAACAAUAUGCACAGUGAGAGGAAACAGGUCACCCCCAGUGCCAUCCAGAGUGAGACGGAGCAGUUGCAGGCUGCAGCUAUGGCCGCCGAGGCCGAGCAGCAGCUGGAGACCAUCGCCUGCAGCUGAGGCCGGGGGUCGGGAACACUUGGCCUGGGGGGUAGGAGCCGAGGUUGCAUUGAUUGUAGUGGGUGAAGACCUUUGACUGCUCUGUGGCCGCUUACGGUGUGUUGUGCUGACUGGACCUUAAAGGCAGUGCUUGCUCCACUUAGGGAAUUUUCAGAUUUCUCAAGGCAAUUACGUUCCUACGUUCUGACCAAACAGUUGUGGGGGGUUUUUUGUGUGUGUGUUUUGUUUUUGAUGUCUGAUAUUCAUAUUCCCGGUAAGCUCCCCUGCCCUUCUUUAUGGUUUCAAUUUGAAAACUCCUUUGUCCAGUUUAAAGUGAGCGGCUUCUGUUUCAUGCUUAACUCCUCUUUGCUUGCCUGGUGAGUGCACUGCACAGAGUAAUUGAGUAAAUUCAUUUCUUGAUUGUCCCGGUAUAUAUGACUUGCGGUCUAGACAGCAGUUUGAAUAACCGUAUACGAGAACAUCAUGCCGAUGCCGAAAACGUUGGCAUAGGCUUACCCAGAACACUGCAUAAGUACAAAACCAAGUUUGGAGAAAAAAAAAAAAUGGAUGGUGUUAGUUUUAUAUUUGAUUUAUCAGUUUUACAUAUAUAUAUCAUUGUUUUCACUGUUCCUGUGGACAGAUAAUGGUUGCUUUGCUGAAGUGUCUCUUCAUCCAUCGAGAGGGCUCCCAUAUACACCCCAAAACGCUGCGGGUCAUGUGUGCCUCAGGGUGAGUGAAAACACCGAGGUACUGGUGGCGUUGGGACCGAGUUCCUCCUCUGUCCAGUGUGGCCACACCACCUCAGGCGUCUGCAGUGGACCAGUAGUGAGAGGAGGAGAAAAGUCUCUCUCAGACAAGGUUUCCACAGAUUAAAAAAAAAAAAAAAACCCUAAGAUUCCCUAGGUCUUGAAAUCUUGACUGAUUUCAAAAUUGGUUUUGUAUUUAAGAUCAAAAUUUGGACAAGAACAGAAAUGCUUCUUCAAGUAUGUUUUUUGUAAUUUAUGGAUCAUCAAGCUUUGGGGCUCUCUGCAGCACUCAAUAUCCCAUAAAGAAGAUGCUUAAAUAAAUUUAAAAUCUUUUUACGUGUGUAAAUAGUAGUGUUGGUCUUAUGUAUUUCAAGAAAAAGGACACCUGCACUUUCUUUUUUUUUUUUUUUUUUUUCUUUUUCUUUUUGCACAUUGGAUUAAAGUACCUUUCAUUGGCAACAAACAUCAAACUGUUUUAACCCAAUAUUAAAAAUCAUCAGCCCAAAUGUUUGUUUUCCAAGUAUGUUUUAUCACUGGUUGCAGUUUUCAAUAGAAGAUGACUGCCUUGUCAUAGCCAUAAAUCAAAAUUAUGAACUUUGUUUCAGAUCCGGUGUACGAAAUGUUCUUUUAACUAUUUCCUUAGGAAUAUAUUAAAAUGCCAACAGAGUUUGAAUUAUGUUCUGUAGGAAAGUGCUAGGUGGUUGUUUUAGGAUGUGUAUACUUGUAGAAAGUGCCAACUUUUAAAGUUCAUGUUUGGUUCUGAAGGCUUCCCUUUUUUUAAAAAAAAAAAGUGCAUUAAAGUAGUUUCAUGACAUGGCUUGCUAUGCUAACACCUGUUAUUACUAUUGUGAGAAAAACUUUGUUUUCAAAAUUGGUGUACAUGUUAUGCCCGAAAUUGUCGGAUGGAAAAGCUACCUUUAAAUUUUUUUUUUUUUUUUUUUGGUAAAAUGUUUUAGUUUUAAAUUAAUUUUUUCCUGAGAGCCCUUUGUCCUGUAUUGAAGGCAGUCCUGUUGGUGUGUGUCUGUGCUGUCAGUAGGAGGGCCUACUGGUGAUCCUAGGCUGUGGUAACCAAAGCAAACGUGAAAUCAGCCGGCGUCCUGUUGAUAGCUACUUCAACAAACCGUAUUUUGGGCCUUUGUUUUUGUAUAUAAAGAUGAUGAUACACUU